AUGUCUGGAAGAUUGGCUGUAGUCAGCCAAUCUGGCAGCACGAUUAGCUUCUUCGAUCUUGCUUCGGGCGAGAGAACAGCAUACAUGACAGACCUCAUCUCAGAACCACAUGAGCUGCUUUUCGACAGCAAGAGAAAUGUCAUGUACUGCAGCCACGCCUACCAUCAUGGACACUUCUGGACACACGGGGACAACGGCCAUCAAAUCUCGGUCAUUGACCCCGACAAGAAAGAGGUGAUCGAUAUCAUCGAAACAAAGCCCGCACUUGGUCCUCACGGCUUGGUCCUGGAUGCGGAACGGGAUAUUCUGUGGUACAGUUAUGAAGAGCACGAAGCGGGUUCCAGUGGAGGUGUGGUUGGGCUCGAUCUGAAGACCCGAAAAGUCCUCAAACAAGUCGACAGCUCGACCAAGACACAUUGGUUCGUGGUGACACCAGACGGGAAAAAAGCCUAUACCUGCAACAAAACGGCGGACUUCAUCUCCAUCCUUGACCUGGAGAACCAACGCAUGAUUGGCAAGAUCGAGACUCCGGGAGGGACGGAAGAAUGCAGUAUCUCGCUUGACGGGAAGCAUGCCUACUUUCCAACCCCCGGCACGUCACUAACCAACAUCCCAGAGAACGCCGAAGUUCUGGUCAUCGACACGGCGACGGACGAGAUUGCUUUCAGGAUUCCCCUCGAACAUCCCGCUCAGUCAACUCAUGUUGCAGGGGACGGAAGAAUUCUCGUGGGCGAGUACCUGGCGGCCCCUGGUUCGGGUUUUGAGGGCCGGUUGGCCGUGUACGAUCCAAAAGAGUACAAGCUUGUUGGCAAAACCAAGAUCGGAAGUGUGCCAUUGACUCUGCGUACUUCUCCAGACGGCAAGCUUGGUUUCACGGCGAAUGUCUUUGCGGGUUCGGUGUCUGUGGUCAACAUGUCAACCAUGGAAGUCAUUAGAACGCUCGUGGUGGACACCGAGCGCAGCAAGUUUUCGAAUUUGUGUCAAGGUGCGCAUGGAAUGGUUUAUUUUCCUUGA